AGGCGCGUGGAUAUGACGUCAUAAAAGUUUACAUGUGCGGCAUGACAGAAAAUGGCUGCGGGAGACGAGCAGCAGCAGGCCCACAGACCUGGAGCUUAUAAACAGAAAAACAAACAGCACAAGCAUGGAAAACACCGAACUAAAGGCGAGAUCGGGCGGGAGAACAAGGGUAGAGUUGCUGUCAUGGCUCUCACCAAGAAACAGAGAAGAGAGAUAAGGAAAAUGGACCGUAGAAACAAAGCCAACCAGCUGCGACGCAACAAAAAAGACUUGGUGCUGACAGAGAAAAGGAAGCUGGGCAGCAGGGAUGGACCCCCUCAUCUGGUGGCAGUCAUAGCCCUUCACGCAGGAGUGGAUGCUGGGUCUGUCACAAAAAUACUGAGAGGUGAAGGAGUUGGUGGUGUGGUGCAUGAAGAUCAAGGAGUCAUUGGGGCCAAGGACAGUUUUGGUCUCGUUCUCCCCCGCUUUAAACAGAGAUUAAUUUUCUACAGGCCAGACACAGCUGACUUGCAUUCACUCCUGGAUGUGGCAAAGAUUGCAGACAGUUUGGUGUUUGUGUUGGAGUCGACUGAAGGUUGGGACAGCUAUGGAGAAUACUGCCUGUCCUGUCUCUUUGCACAGGGCUUGCCAAGUCAUGCACUGGUGUGUCAGGGAGUGGCUGAUCUAGCAGUGAAGAAACGCACUGAAUCUCGGAGAGUGCUCUCCCGAUUGGUAGAGUCUCAUUUCCCAGAUGCGCGUCUCUUUCCUGUGGACGGCGAGCAGGAUGCUACUCUAUUGCUGAGGCACCUGUCAGCACAGAAGCAGAGACGGUUGGGCUUCCGCUCUCGCCGCUCGCACCUGCUGGCUCAGAGAGCCACAUAUAUACCGAACACCAGCCAGAAUGGGACAGAGGGCCCAGCCACAGGGUUAGGGACCCUCUGUGUGUCAGGAUAUAUUCGAGGCUCUCCUCUGCAAGUCAACAGGCUGGUGCAUAUCACAGGCCAUGGAGACUUUCAGCUCAGCCAGAUCGAUGCCCCUGCAGAUCCUCUACCUAUCGUGACAGCAGCUCCUCACCUGGUGAAGCCAGGACGAGACGUCGAGAUGAUGCAUGGUGGUGAUGGGGAUAUGAAUGGGGAUGUUCGGGUGUUGAUGAAAGCAGACCCUGAGAAGAGGGAGAGCUUGCAGGCGGAGGCAGAAGUGGAUCCCAUGGAUGGGGAACAAACGUGGCCCACAGAAGCAGAGCUGGAGGAGGCAGAAGAGGCCAGAAAGAAAAGGAGAGUGAUGAAAGUACCAAAGGGGACGUCUGACUACCAGGCCACAUGGAUCAUUGAUGAUGCUGAGCAGGAGGAGGAUGAUAAUGACAUUGACAGCUGUGAUGAUGAUGAUGACGAUGAAGAUGGGAUGAUCGAAGAUGAAAUGGAUGGUGAUAAUGAAUCUCAGGAUGCUGGGUCUGAAUAUGCUUCUGAAGGAGACGAUGGGGAAGAAGAAGAGGAGGAGGAGGAGAUCAGUUCCACCGGACGCACCGGAGCCGAUCAGAAGUAUGACGAAGGCAUGGACGAGGCCGAGGAGGGAGAGGGGCUGAGGAGAUACAGAGAGGCACGUGCCAAUGAGUUGUUCCCUGAUGAAGUCGACACUCCCCUAGAUGUCCCAGCCAAGACACGGUUUCAGAAGUACAGAGGUCUGAAGAGUUUCCGUUCCUCCCCAUGGGACCCCCUGGAGAAUCUGCCUACCGACUACUCGCGCAUCUACCAGUUCCAGAACUUUGAGCGCAUGCGCCGCCGGAUACUAGCAGAUGCCGCCAGCGAGGAGGAAGGAGCAAUGGAAGGCUGGUACGUGACUCUUCAUAUUGUGGAUGUUCCUCCCUCAGUCAUGGAGAGCUUUCAAACCGGCAAACCAUUAGUUCUAGUGUCCCUGCUACCACAUGAACAGAAGAUGUCAGUGAUGCAUUUGUUGGUGCGGCAGCACCCGAGCAACACAGAACCAGUGAAGUCUAAAGAAGACCUGGUGUUUCAGUGCGGUUUCAGACGCUUCAGAGCUUCAGCCAUCUUCUCACAGCACACUUCUGCUGAUAAACACAAGAUGGAGCGGUUUCUGCGUCCUGAUGCUCCUACAGUGAUGUCUGUCUAUGCCCCCAUUACCUUCCCCACCGCAGGUGUUCUGGUCUUCAAACAGAGAGACAAUGGUAUGCAGGACCUGGUGGCCACAGGUACUCUUUUGAGCUGUGAUCCUCAGCGUGUGGUGUUGAAGAGAAUCGUGCUGAGCGGACACCCUUUCAAAAUCAAUCGGCGCUCUGCUGUGGUCCGUUACAUGUUCUUUAACAGAGAUGAUAUUCUGUGGUUUAAGCCAGUAGAACUACGUACAAAAUGGGGACGAAGAGGACACCUCAAGGAAGCAUUAGGUACUCACGGCCACAUGAAGUGUGUUUUUGACAACCAGCUGCGCUCUCAGGACACAGUGCUGAUGAACCUGUAUAAGAGGGUGUAUCCGCACUGGACCUACGACCCCUAUGUCCCCGCCCCUCUGCACUGGGUGAAGAGAGAGCCGCCACCGGCCCUCUGCGACAUUGACAUGGAGUAGAAGCAGGAAGUUAUGAACUGAAUGCAAUGGAAACAUAACAUGACACUUACUGCCUGUGUCACAGGAUACUCUGUGCUUGAUUCUCUGUGCUCUAAUUGACUAUUAAAUGUCUAUAUAUAA